AUGAUUUCAUUAUAUUUAAUUUUAUCAUUCAUUUUAUCAAUAGUCUUAUCAGCUCCAACUUUCCCAACUCCUCCGAGUGAAGAUGAUUUUUACAUACCACCACAAGGGUUUGAAAAUGCAAAAUCCGGAGAUAUAUUGAAGUAUAGAAAUACACCCAACAAAUUAAGAAGUAUUUACUUUCCACUUAAUGUAGCAAAUUCAUGGCAGUUGUUAGUGAGAUCUGAAGAUUCAUUUGGAAAUCCAAAUGCAUUUGUUACAACAAUCAUGGAACCUUAUAACGCUGAUCCGAACAAAGUGGUCAGUUAUCAAACUUAUGAAGAUAGUGCGCAUAUAGAUUGUUCACCACUGUAUGGAUUUUUAUACGGUGCUUCAAUGUCAACAUUAGGAUCACAAACAGAUAUGACUCUUAUGGUAUUAGCUUUGAAUAGAGGGUAUUAUGUUGUUUCACCAGAUUAUGAAGGUCCCAAAUCUGCAUUUACAGCAGGAAGACAAUCAGGAUAUGCUACAUUGAACUCAAUCAGAGCAACAUUAAACUCAAAAAAUAUAACCGGGAUUAAUACUAACGCUAAAUUAGCAAUGUGGGGUUAUUCUGGUGGUUCAUUAGCAAGUGGAUGGGCUACAGCUUUAUUACCAACUUAUGCGCCAGAACUUGAGAGAAGUGUCAUUGGUACAGCAUUAGGUGGGUUUUUCUCAAAUGUCACAGCUCUUUUAGAUCAUUCAGAUGCGGGAUUAGUUAGUGGUUUAAUUCCUAAUACAUUAAAUGGUUUAAGUAACGAAUAUCCGAAUAUAACUCAAAUUCUACGUGAUAAUCUGGAUCCAAAUCAGGCUGAUCUUUUGAAAGCAGCAAAAGAUCAAUGUGUUGUUUUAUCAGCCUUAAGAAAUUUAGGUGAAAAUUAUUUUACUGGCAAAGAUCCUUAUUUCCCAAAUGGAUAUGAUGUACUAAAGGUGCCUGAAGUUAAUGCUGUGCUUCAAGAAAACAAUCUCGUGGAAUUAGACGCUACAAAAUAUCUUCCCUCAACUCCUAUUUUUAUCUAUCAUGGAACAUUAGAUCAAGUUCUUCCUAUAAGAGAUUCUUUACAAACAUAUAAACAAUGGUGUGACGCAGGUGUUAAUUCCGUUGAGUUUGCGGAGGAUUUAUUGAAUGGACAUCUUACUGAGUAUAUCAUUGGUGCUCCAGCAGCUUGGACGUGGCUCGAAAAAAGAUUUGAUGGUGUACCUCCAGUUCAAGGCUGCUCACAUACAACAAGACUAGAAAAUUUGUUAUAUCCUAAUAUUUCACAGGCCACUUCUGAUUAUUUCGAUGGUUUAGUUGAUGCUGUAUCUUUUGCUAAGAUUGGUUAUCAGGGAUUGGCGUCGGAUAAUGUUUCUACAUCUUCCUUUGGUAGUCUUUUGAGCGGACUUGGUACUUUGUUGGCUGGAUAA